AUGGGAUUUUCGGGAUUUUCCUGGGCCCCCCCCAAGGCCAAGGCCGCCUUCGUGAGGGACAAACCUCACCUGAACGUGGGAACCAUCGGGCACGUGGACCACGGGAAAACAACGCUGACAGCGGCCAUCACCAGAGGCCUUACCUGUGCUCACCUAUGCUCACCUGGGCUCACCUGGGCUCACCUGUGCUCACCUGGGCAGGACCGUGAUCCCGAGCUGGGGCUGCAGUCGGUGCUGAAGCUGCUCGAGGCCGUGGACUCGCACAUCCCCCAACCCCCCCGGGACCUGGACAAGCCCUGCAUGAUGCCCAUCGAGGCCGUGCACUCCAUCCCAGGUGAGCUCACCUGUGCACACCUGUGCACACCUGUACCGUGUGUAAAUCACACCUGUCGCGGCACCGUCGUCACCGGGACCCUGGAGCGUGGGAAACUCCGGCGAGGGGACGAGGUGGAGCUGCUGGGAUACGGCCGGAGCGUGCGCUCGGUGUACGUGCUGUCCCCCCAGGAGGGCGGGCGCCACAAACCCUUCGUGGCUCACUACGCACCUGUGAUGUUCUCACACACCUGGGACAUCGCCUGCAGGGUCCUGCUGCCCCCCGGCAAGGAUCUGGUGAUGCCGGGCGAGGACGCGGCUCUGGCGCUGCUGCUGCGGCAGCCGAUGGUUCUGGAGCGGGGCCAGCGCUUCACGCUCCGCGACGGCUCCCGGACCAUCGGCACGGGGGUGGUGUCGGCGCUGCUGCCCCUGAGCGACGCCGAGCGGGAGCUGAGCUGGGGCUGA